AUGGUAAGCCACCAGGACGUACACUCUACUCUCCAGCAGUCUGACCUCAACUGGUCCAUGAUCGACGCAGGGAAACGCAGGCUCGACACCAGGAGGUGCGCCCGGCGGCGGAGCGGGCCAGAAUGACAAGGACAAGGUCAGUACGAUCGACUUGAGACGCGCAGUCGCGUUCGACUCGGUAUGCUGAUCCGAUCUGCUAUUGGUGUCCUGAACAGAAGCCAGAAAAGGUUCGUCCGCUUCGCGAGGGAAGAGAUGACUGAACGCUCGUCGACAGACCAGACGGGGAAGCGCUGACGCAAGCCCUCCUUGAUCUGUUCUUUUCAUGUGCUCGCCCUUGAACCUCUACUCUCGCCUUGUCAAAUGACACCUCUGGAUGGUCAUUCGGAUCGAAUAGAAGAAGUGGGAACCGCCAUUGCCGACACGCGUGGGCAAGAAGAAGAAGCGUGGGCCCGACCCGACUCAGAAGCGUACGUCGCCCGCGGAUCCAUCGUCACACAGCCUCCUUCUGUUUCCAUGUCGGAUACGUCCCACCACCCUGUUGGACUGUACUCACAUGUCUUCGGCCCUCGUUCCACACGUGCAGUCCCCGCCGUGUUCCCCAAUACGAGGUGUCGACUCAAGCUGCUCAAGAUGGAACGCAUCAAGGACUACCUCCUGAUGGAAGAAGAGUUCGUCAUGAACCAAGAGCGACUCAAGCCUUCCCUUUCAGAGGACAAGAACCAAGAGGAACGGACGCGCGUCGACGACUUGCGAGGUUCGCCCAUGUCCGUCGGUAACCUCGAAGAGAUCAUCGACGACGACCACGCCAUCGUCUCGUCCUCUUCCGGUCCCGAAUACUACGUCUCGAUCAUGAGUUUUGUCGACAAGGAUUUGCUCGAACCGGGGUGUAGCGUGCUGUUGCACCACAAGGCGAUGGCGAUCGUCGGUGUUCUGCAGGACGACACGGACCCCAUGGUCAGCAUGAUGAAGGUCGACAAGGCCCCGACAGAGAGCUAUGCCGAUAUCGGUGGAUUGGAGCAACAGAUCCAGGAGAUCAAGGAAUCGGUCGAGUUGCCGUUGACCCACCCCGAAUUGUACGAAGAGAUGGGCAUCAAACCCCCCAAAGGUGAGCCGCGGGCAGAACCAGCAAGGGUUGGCUCAAGUCCACUGACCCACCGUUCAAUCUCUCUUCCGAUCGCCCCCACAGGUGUCAUUCUUUACGGUGUUCCAGGGACAGGAAAGACCUUGCUCGCCAAAGCCGUUGCGAACCAAACUUCGGCCACCUUCUUGCGCAUCGUUGGGUCCGAACUGAUUCAGAAAUACCUGGGUGAUGGGCCCAAACUCGUGCGCGAGUUGUUCCGCGUCGCUGAAGAGUUGGCGCCCAGUAUCGUCUUCAUCGAUGAGAUCGAUGCCGUCGGAACAAAACGGUGCGUUUUUUGCUCUUCCUUGGGAGACGUCGAUCUCGUCCUUAAAGAUGACAAGAGAAGCUGAUGACGGCCACGAGCCCCCUUUCAGAUACGACUCGAACUCGGGUGGAGAACGAGAGAUCCAGCGUACGAUGUUGGAGUUGCUGAAUCAGUUGGAUGGGUUCGACACCCGCGGCGACGUCAAGGUCAUCAUGGCGACGAACAAGAUCGAGUCCUUGGACCCGGCUUUGAUCCGACCGGGGCGAAUCGAUCGAAAGAUUGAAUUCCCGUGCGUUCUAGAGUGUUGUGGGCUCGUUCUUUCUAUAUUGUCGCUGACGCAUUCUUAUUGCGCCCACCCGCAGUCUUCCGGAUAUCAAAACCAAGCGCUACAUUUUCAAGAUCCACACUUCGCGCAUGAACCUCGGCGACGACGUCGACCUCGAAGAAUUUGUUCACACCAAGGACGAACUCUCCGGUGCGGACAUCAAAGCCGUCUGUACCGAAGCUGGGUUGUUGGCGUUGAGGGAGAGGAGGAUGAGGGUCACGAUGACCGAUUUGAGGAGCGCGAGGGAGAAGGUGCUCUAUCGCAAGAAGGACGAUGGGCCGGCGGGAUUGUACUUGUAA